AUGGCUUGGAACUGGUCAAGUAAAUUCUUUAAGCUGGUGUGUAUUCUGAUUGCAGUGAGUCAAACAACCUCAAAGCCAAAUAAAGUAAGUUUUUAUUAACUCAAACGUUAUUUAUAAUUGCUAUUGAGAUACUCCACUAUUACAAUUACACAACAAUCAGCUAGUAUAGUGUUGCAUUGAAAAAUAUUUGAUUGAAACUAUUUUUCAUGUGAUUUAAGGAUAUGAUAAAUGUUCAGUAACAUGAGUGCGAGCCCUUGUCGCCGAAGUGGUAUUCAAAUUCUCCCGAACAAAUCAAUACAAUAUUAAGAAAACAAGUCAAAAUUGUUAUUUCGGUCGUAAUGACUGUACCCUACAAAUAUAUUUUAGCCCGGGGUUCAGUGAAAAGUAUUCUGAGACUACAUAGUGGUUUGUGUCUGAACUACCUGAAAACGAUAUCUCGAACGAAGUGGUCCAGCCGUAGGUAGCUAGCAUUCAUACGCUUUAAAUACGCUGCCGUGGUUUGUGUCUAAACUAUACCUGCAUGCGGAUCAAUGAUCGUAGGUAGUAUACAGGUGUUUCGAAUAUUUCUCAGGCAGUUCAGACACAAACAUGAACGACGGAAAAUAGUACUCUGUUGAAGUGACGUAAUCGAUAAAGAACUAGUAUCAAUCCGAGAUAUUUGUUAUUAAACAUAUGAUAUCUACUAUAGCUAUAGCCUACUUAUUAGCUAUGGAUCAGCCAUGACUAUAUAUACCUAAGAUACGUUGCCGUGGUUUGCGUGUGACCUAAAAAAAAUAAGACGCACUACAACGUUUCUAUGUAGCGAAACUUGAUCGCUUCAGUUGGAAUUUCAAAAAACAGGUAGACGCAUUUCCCUCUUCAAUUGCUCGAAACGUCGAGGCGAUUUUAAUAGUUUGCCGAAAGUCGUGGGUCGAAAGCCGAAAGUCCUCCCACGGGGAAAGUUGACAGGCUAGAUUAGGGUAAAUACAGUUAAGAAAGUAGUAUCACAAUUGUUGUAGAGAUAAAAUAGUCAGUUGAUCAUAUCCACAUGAAUUUGCGCUAUAUAAAUGUUAAUCUUAAUCAUAGUCUGUUGGAAAUAACUGAAAUUAGCUGGGGGAAAAGGUAGACUUGAUAGACAUAGUAGAUUUAGUGGACGUCAAUUUCCGCCAUAUUGCCGCUACACUUUUCUCAUAGGCCGACUGGCCGAAUGAUUGAAGUUCUUAAUCCAAAUUUAAAUAGAGUUCACUGACCAGCUUUGUUCGCCAUUUUUUGCUCGCAAACCGCGCAGCAAGAGGAAAAUAACAGGCAAAGCAGUGAUUUAGGGAAGUAAAUCAACAUUAGUACUGACUCUAUGUUCAAUCAUUCACUUGUGACCACAGCGCCCUGCUUGUGACCGUAUGCUUUCCUUGUGCUGUUUCAGUGUUUCCCACUCAAAAAUGGCGGACAUGCAAGGCCUGGUCGCAUAGUGGGACAGAGGACAGUUGACCACAACAUCGUCGCUCAACCAAAUUCUGUCUACACCCGCAAACAAAAUUUUGUCUACACAUCUUGUAGAGUUAAUCUGCGUUAAGUCACUUGCUAAUUCUGCCAACAAGACGUCAACAAGUUGUGUUCGCCCCGCUUGUUCCAAGUUGUCAACAAGUGUGGAACAACUUGUUAACAGUUGCAAGGUUAUUCCAACAAGUCCGAUACAUGAUUACAAAGCCCAGUCGAAUUGUAAUCAAGACCCAACGUUUCGACACUCCAGUCUAGUGUCUUCAUCAGGGGUGAUCUAAAACUGCGAUCGUGGCUUCUUAAAUACCCAAGGGAAAAUCAGCUUUAGCCGAACGUAUAUGUUACACCAAACACGAGAUUGCGUGGGAAAACUCUAAAGUAAUUACCACAAACAAUCGCUAUGGUCAAAGACUUUGCCUAGAAGCGUGGCAUAUACAUGUGAGUCAUCAUGCUUUGAAUAGGGAUGACGGUGCCUAUUUGCCAGAGGAAUAUAUAUGCAUCUUCUUGGCAGGUGACGUCAUCCCUUGGGUAUUUAAGAAGCCACGAUCGCAGUUUUAGAUCACCCCUGAUGAAGACACUAGACUGGAGUGUCGAAACGUUGGGUCUUGAUUACAAUUCGACUGGGCUUUGUAAUCAUUUAUUUAAACCAGAGUAGCGAGCGAAACAUGAUUGAUAUACCUGGUUGCAGUGAACGAACAAACGUUAAGUCCGAUACAGUCAUGAUAUAAUAUUUGUUACAACCUUGUGUCGUCAACCUUGUAACAUUCUUGUUAUAUCAUGACUGUAUCAGACUUCUCAGAACAGCCUUGUGACAAGUCUGAUGUUACAAGUUGUUCAGUAACCGCUUGUGCCGAACUAUACAACAACAGGGAACAAGCAGUGCGAACACAACUUGUCGGCAGCUUGUGAACAGAAAUGUUUUAACAACUUGUUUGCAGACCUGUAAAUUUUAAACUUAUAUGUUUUGUGUGUGAGUGGUGAGAUUAAGCGUUUGGCGCUCUUUGACCGCUUAUAACUUUCUGACAAAAAUUCUUCUCAUUUCAGCAAACGUGCGUAGAAGAUUCUGCCGAGUGUGACAGUAACAAUGACUGUUGCCCAAUGUGUUCAAAUGGACUCCCUGGAGUUUGUGAUGAUACUUUAACUCCCCCAAUUUGCUUCCCUGAUGAAGGUGGUGGUCCGUUCCUCAUUGCUAACGGUACGGAUACAGUUAAUUCAACUGCCUGA